AUGGCCCGCCAAUUGGCCGGAUGUUCGGCGGGGGCGCAGGCGCAUGCGCAGGUGUCCUGCGCCGUGGAAGGCGCAAGAGCUCCAGAGCCGAAAUUCUUUUUGGUGGACCUCAGCCAGGGAGCAGUUGUAGCAGAAUCCAAGCGUACGGCAUCGCAGCGGUUGAGCUCGAGCGGUAGUAACGGACACAAGAGGAAAAGUAAAGGUUCGGUUGGUGUCCGCGCACGUGGUUUUCUCUGUGGUCAUCAGGAGCGGACCAGGAGCAGAGGCAGGAGCAGGAGCAAAUCCAAAGGACCCGCAUCCGGAGCGAACGUGGCGUCCAACGAGGCCAGCACCAGCGCCGCGGGCAGUGGCGCGGAAUCCGCCGCCCUGUUCUCGAAAUUGCGUAGCUUCUCCAUUGGCAGCGGGCCCAACUCGCCGCAGCGCGUCGUCUCCAAUCUGCGCGGCUUCCUCACCCAUCGCCUCAGCAACAUCACACCGAGCGACACAGGAUGGAAAGACUCGAUUCUGUCGAUACCGAAGAAAUGGCUCUCCACGGCCGAGUCCGUGGAUGAAUUCGGAUUCCCUGACACUCUACCCAAGGUGCCCGUCCCGGCGCUGGAUGAAACGAUGGCCGACUACAUUCGCGCUUUGGAGCCGAUCACCACGCCGGCGCAGCUGGAGCGGACCAAGGAGCUGAUCAGGCAGUUCACAGCUCCCCAGGGAAUCGGCCAGCGGCUGCAUCAGUAUCUGCUGGACAAGCGUGAAGCAGAGGAUAACUGGGCCUACUAUUACUGGCUCAACGAGAUGUACAUGGACAUUCGCAUCCCCUUGCCGAUCAACUCGAAUCCGGGCAUGGUGUUCCCGCCGCGUCGCUUCAAGACGGUCCACGACGUGGCCCACUUCGCUGCCCGCCUGCUGGACGGCAUCAUGAGCCACAAGGAGAUGCUGGACAGCGGUGAGCUGCCGUUGGAGCGCGCCGCCUCGCGGGAGAAGAACCAGCCGCUGUGCAUGGCUCAGUACUACCGCCUGCUGGGCUCCUGCCGCCGACCAGGUGUCGAUCAGGACUCCCAGUACCUGCCGUCGCGGGAGCGCUUGAACGACGAGGACCGCCACGUGGUGGUCAUCUGUCGCAACCAGAUGUACUGCGUGGUGCUGCAGGCCAGCGACCGCGGCAAGUUGUCCGCGAGCGAGAUCGCCUCACAGAUCCUUUACGUCCUCAGCGAUGCCCCCUGUUUGCCCGGCAAGCCGGCGCCGGUGGGUCUGCUCACCGCCGAGCCGAGGAGCCGGUGGGCCCGCGACCGGGAGAUGCUGCAGCUGGACGAACGGAACCAGCGCAAUCUGGAGCUGAUCGAGACCGCCCAGGUGGUGCUGUGCCUGGACGAACCGCUGGCCGGGAACUUCAAUGCCCGCGGCUUCACCGGCGCCACGCCCACCGUCCAUAGGGCUGGGGAUCGGGACGAGACGAACAUGGCCCACGAGAUGAUCCACGGCGGCGGCAGCGAGUACAACUCUGGGAAUCGCUGGUUCGACAAGACCAUGCAGCUCAUUAUUUGCACUGAUGGAACUUGGGGCCUGUGCUAUGAGCACUCCUGUUCCGAGGGCAUUGCUGUGGUUCAGCUGCUGGAGAAGAUCUACAAGAACAUCGAGGAACACCCGGACGAGGACAACGGGCUGCCCCAACAUCAUCUGCCGCCACCGGAGCGUCUCGAGUGGCACGUGGGUCAGCCAUUGCAAUUGCGCUUCACCCAGGCGUCCCAGAGCGUGGAUAAAUGCAUCGAUGACCUGGACUUCUACGUGUACCGCUACCAGAGUUACGGCAAAAGCUUCAUCAAGUCGUGCCAGGUCAGUCCGGACGUAUACAUCCAGCUGUCCUUGCAACUGGCCCAUUACAAGCUCUACGGCCACCUGGUGGCCACCUACGAAAGUGCUUCCACACGACGAUUUUUGCAUGGUCGAGUGGACUGCAUCAGAGCCGCCAGCACGGAGGCAUUGGAGUGGGCCAAGGCCAUGUGCCAGGGCGAGGGCGCCAACGUGCCCCUGGAGAGCGAUCGCGAGGACGAGGAGGAGUCACGCAAGGUCAAGUUUAGCAUUUACAGUAAGGAUCACCUGCGUGAGCUGUUCCGCUGCGCCGUCGCCCGCCAGACGGAGGUGAUGGUGAAGAACAUCCUGGGCAAUGGCAUCGAUAUACCGCUGCUGGGACUCCGGGAGGCCAGUGUGGAAGUCACCGGCGAGAUGCACGAGCUGUUCAAGGACGAGGCCUACAAGAUCUCGCAGUGCUUCCUACUCUCCACAAGUCAGGUGGCCUGCAGCACGGACAGCUUCAUGGGCUAUGGACCGGUAACGCCACGUGGAUACGGAUGCUCCUACAAUCCGCAGCCGGAGCAGAUCGUCUUCUGCGUGUCCGCAUUCUACUCCUGCGAGGAUACGAGUGCCUCGCGAUACGCCAAAUCGCUGCAGGAAUCGCUGGACAUAAUGCGCGAUCUACUACAAAAUUAGAGCCCCAAUAUGGAUGGAUGGGGGAGACCGAAACAUAUCAGUGAAUGUACCUUAGCAGGUUAGCGAACUAAACUAAGUAAGUGUAACUAGCGACCGCCCGGGCGUUUCAUUUGUGACCAAGCACCACCAAGCGAGCCACCCAACGAGGGGUGGGGAUCUGAAGGAUCGAGGAGGAUAACGAAAUCGAAAACUAAUGUCAAUCACAAUCAUGUUGAGACAGAAACCUAUAUGCAACCCAUUCGCUUUACAUAUCCCUUUGCCCAAUUAUCCUUGUAGCUGGAAUUAGUGCAACUCUAUAAGUCAAUUAAAUGUUUUAGAGCCAUUUUAUGCCAAACUGUUAGUGCUGUUAUCUUAGUGUGUUACUUGUGCAAUAUUUAUUAUGAGUGUUAUACUAGUUCAUGUGCUAACUAAGAUAGCCGAGCUUACGAACUUGAUUACCCCUAUUGUCCGCGAAUUAUUGAGCGCAAGCCCACAAGUAUGCAAUACUUUUCGUUACGAGAGUUGAGUUUUAAAUUCGUUCUAUAGAUGUUACAAAAGAUACUAGCUAAACAUAUACUAAAAGUACUAUCUACGCUUGUUACUGCAAUUUCGUUGUUGUUCGUUUGAGAAUUUAUUAACCAAUUAUAUAGUGUCUGUUGAGAUAUUUCCAUAUAUAUUCGUGUUUUAGAGAGCAAAUGGUAUACCGUAACUAAAGGCUUUUUGGAUGAAAUAUAUAUAUAUAUGUACAACCCAUGAAAAUAACAAAAAAAAUCUAGAUGAAUAUAUAUAGAGAACAUCAUGUACGCGUAUAGACUUGAGACGUAACAAUACAUAUCAAUAAAUUUAUAUACACCCCAGGAAGGCAAAAGAACAGGAGAUUACAGCUAUAGAUAUAUAACCUAUAUGUGUUUGUCUGUUCAAGCCGUUAGUGAAAAAAGUAUGUUUCGGUAGCGAUUCGAGAUAUUAAUGUUCUACAAAAAUAUAUAUAAAAUAUAUACAUAAAUAUUAUACGUACGUUAUUUACAAGAGAAAUUUAAUGAGAAACGUUAGAGAACAACCAGAUACAUAUAUCAAACUAGUUGCUGUGUUCAUUGUUACUAUAUAUGUAUGAUUAUCUUCUAAACUGUUAACCGAACUAUCGCUAUGAACUAUCCAACUAUCUAUCCUGUAUUCGAUCUGUGUAUCAUUACGUUAACCUACUAUUUGUCGUUAAGUUUGACUUGUUUCCAUGGCCGAGUGCCGCAUUUAAUGUAUGCAAAAAUAAUCACCAAGCGAAUAAAAUGAAAUAAAUGCAUUACAA